AGAUGCAACUCUAAAUACAUGAAGCCUCCAUGUUGCACAGGGAAUGUAGGGCCAGCUGAUGUGAACUGUUUGCCUGAAAGUGUGCGCUAACUUUACCGCUGUACCACUUGCGUCUGAUUCAUGUUUUUUUGGGACAAGCGGACCAACCCUCCGACCGACAGGGCUGCCUGGUGUUUGCACCGUUGUUCCAGACGCGGCCUCACGGAGCUUCACGGCUAACUCGCUAACCUAGGCUACCUGCUAACUUCAGCUAGUGAGCGACUCUACGGCACUUGUUUUUUGUUGUUUUGUUUUUUUAGUCAUUGUUACCCACAAAAAAUAUUCGUUUGCAGUGAUGAUAUUUUUUUGCGGAGAGCCAUAAAUGACAGCCGCUCAUUGGCGUCCAUUCACCCCCGUGCUAGCUGGCUGGCUGCCCCCGCUGCCACAGCGCCUCGCCUCGGACGGUUGCCGGGCUUUGUGGGCUAGCUGGUCAUCUUAAACCGCUAGCUAACUGUAGCUAGCAAGCGAAGCAAGCCAGCAAAACAAAAGAGGAAUAACCACCCGUCUAAAUGGACCACAUGUCCAUAAUAACCCAAGUUUCCAAUCCCAAGGAGGAGGAAAUAAUAUCCUACAACCAGGAGAAAGCGUCCCAGUCGAACAGCAGCCUAAAGAAGCAGAGGAGCCGCAGCAUCUUCAGCUCGUUCCUCUGCUGCUUCCGCAACUACAAUGUUGAGCCGCCACCCGCCAACACCAACACCAGCUCCCUGCCUCCACCUGUUGAGGAGAAUGGAUCCCCUCCCAAGUGUGACCAGGUCGAGGUCAUCCCUGUCCCUAGUCCACCAGCCAAAUACCUCCUACCAGAGAUGAAAAUAUCUGACUAUGGCAAAAAGUGUGUUGUGAUUGACUUGGAUGAAACGCUCGUCCACAGCUCGUUCAAGCCCAUCAGCAAUGCUGAUUUUAUUGUUCCAGUGGAGAUCGAUGGUACCGUUCAUCAGGUGUAUGUGCUGAAACGACCCCACGUGGACGAGUUCCUUCAGAAGAUGGGAGAGCUGUUUGAAUGUGUGCUGUUUACAGCCAGUCUCGCCAAGUACGCAGACCCCGUGGCAGACCUGCUGGACCAGUGGGGCGUGUUUCGAGCGCGGCUCUUCAGAGAAUCCUGCGUUUUUCACAGAGGGAACUAUGUUAAAGACCUCAGCCGGCUUGGACGAGAGCUCAGCAACGUCAUCAUCGUCGACAACUCACCCGCCUCUUAUAUUUUCCACCCAGAAAACGCUGUCCCAGUCCAGUCCUGGUUUGACGACAUGAAUGACACAGAGCUCUUGGAUCUGCUGCCUUUCUUUGAGGGACUCAGCAAAGAAGAGGAGGUUUACGGAGUGCUGCAGAAUCUGAGAAGCAGGUAGCAGGACAACACCACGGCGCCACCUGCGCUCUCCACGCUACUCCUCUCUGUCCAUCUCUGCCCCCACCCACCCCUCCACCCACCACGUCUCUCAGACUCAGGCAGAUCCUCCCACGCGCGCCCCUCUUGUCUCUGCCCCAAGGGGACGCCUCGGAGUCUCACUGUGGAAACAUUCUGUCCCCCCUCCACUGCCCCUGCCCCACCAUCUCCGCUCUCUUCUCCUGGUGACUGGCUGCCUUCUGAGUGCCAUCAGAAAAAAACAAAAACAAACACUUAAUAUCCCAGGAGCACUGUGUUUUCACAAAAAUCACACCAGAAAGUGUACAGAGCAUCCUAAGUUGAUAGUAUCGGGGACAAAAAAUGCUAAGAGGAAUGAACUCUGGUCUUUAUUUUCAAACCAACAAAGUUUUACUAUUUGGUGAAGUGCUUAUUUUAAAACCAAAAAAAAACAACAAAAAAACAAACAAUUUUUCGUCUGAAACUUCUUUUGUGGGUACCACACAAAAGUCUGAAAAGAUUUUGUCCUUGUAUUGUUGCUAUGCAGGCAGUUUCUGGUAGUAGAAAGGACUGUGACUCUCUUUUCUUACUGAAUGAAGUGCCUUGUGUGAAUGUUGUUUAUAUGGGGAGAUAUUUUGUACAUGGCAUCUUUCCAGAGUACUUCAGUCUUUUCACACACAGUAUGCUUUAAAGUGGACACAGAAGUAUCUUUGCAUAAAAAUUUAACUUUUGUUUAUUUUAUUUUUUUGAUCAUCAAACGCUGGGUAAAUGUCUCCAUAGUAUUCUUUUUAUUUUCUUGUGCCAUUAUAUAGAUGUGACUUUGUUUCUUUCUGCUUUCAUUAUACAUAGAAUUAGUUCAUUUGUUUUAGGCACAGGAGUACGUUGGCAAUUGUGAACCUUAUACCCCACCUGAAAGUCAUUCUUUACAUUUGAUGGAUUUGAUCUGAAAGCUCAGAUAAAAUGUGCCAUUUAUGUUUCUGUCUCUCCCACUUUACUCCCCCUUUUUUUUCUCAUUUUAUUAUUUGCCAAAUAAGGAUAUUAUUUUUUAACAGGCUUCAUAUCUUUAACAGGGGUUUCAGCUAUAACUGUUAAACCAUAAGUAGUGAGUAUAGUAUUAUAGGUUUUUAUUAAUUUGACAAGUAGACGUCAAAUUCAUGUGUAUGUUUUAAAUGUUUUGAGGUUCUUUGUCACGUCAUGCUUAUCAGACGGCUAAGCUUUUAGCCUGCAUUUUAAGUUUUUGUUGUUUUGUUCAGCACACGUAUGUGGUGCAGCUUCACCCACACAGGGGAUCGUUCUCCAGAAUUGUGCACAGUUGCAAUGGUAUAUACCUUUUUGUUGUUUCAGAUGGUCUGGGAUCUCACAGUUAAUGGGUCGAGUGCCAUGCUUUUAGUUUUUUGUUGUUUUUUUUUUUUCAUGAGGUUAGUGUCUUUAGAAAGCAUAGAAUAGUGUCGGAUAGAGUCUGGAAAGAGUUAAAAAUCACACCACGCUCCUCCUGAUUUACAUCCAGUGGUGGUCUGACCUGAUCCAGCACUGGUGUGAAAGCAGCGGAGACGACGUGCGGUGUUUACCUUCCCAGACUCUUUUUAACUGCUCUUCACCUCAGUGCCUACGUUCGAGAGGAGCCACGCAAACCGAAUGCUGCAACAUUUGCUACCAUGGCAAUAACCUUUUUGGGGGGAGAGACUUCCAUCCUAAGUGUUUGGUUUGGGUGUCUAGAGCACUUCACGAGGAUAGCCAGUAUAGUAGUAAUGUGGUCCACAGUAGGGCUGGCCCAGUUAUCAGUGAUUUUCAGUGUUGGUGUUAUGAACCUUCACAUACAUUUUUCAAAUUGUUUGCUACAAAAAACUGGAUAAUUUAGUCAUUUUUUAGAAUGAAAUAUAAAUUAUUAGGUUUUUUUUUCAAAGUUACAAUACUGAAUCAACUUGAAUGUUGCUCAAUUGCAGCAACAGCAGCCAAAAUGACCUUGUGUAGAUAACUGCUAGUUUUCAGUCCGUGUUGUGGAAAACAGUAUAAGAGAGAGAAAAAAAAAGAAAAAGACGACGCCUUCCAAACCUACAGAUGGGUGCUCAGUCCCCCCGGCCCAUCCCAAACGUUCGGGAGCCAGCUCUAAAUAUAAAAAACACUACUGGGACACUGCAUAAAGGACUGUGUAGAACCUCAUCAUGACAUCGAUGCCUUACUGCCUGCACGGGCACAAAGCAAUGUUUCUCCAUUAAUUCCAAGGUUACAAACUCCAGGUUUUUUGGCAUUGUCUCAUUAGUAUUUUCUUUUUACAGAGUGUAAAAGCGGCUCGGCCAUAUUCACGUCGAGCGUACGCGGUCAGGUGCAUUAACAUCGCGAAACAAUAAAAUAAAGCAAUGAAGCAUGAAAAAAUCUGCGGUGCCAUCUAGGGAUUGUACAACAAACCUCAUUAGCUUUGAUGCUCACUUUAGGGGUCAUGAUGUUCUAUUAAAAAGACCUACACUACUUCAUAAUUUCCACCAUUUUUUUUUC